AUGGUAGAACAAACUGAACUUUUACAACCAAAAUCAACAGAGAAGGAGACAAAAGAACAAGAAUCUCCUAAAAAUUACAACAAUAACCAUGACCUUUUAAAAUUAUUCAACAAUUUACAAAUUAUUAUUAAAGCCGCUAGUUUUAAAUCUCAUGUAAUAGAUGAAAACUUUCCAUCAGAAUUUUAUGAACCACAUCCUCACAAAAUUUAUGACUCUUAUAUAACUUUUCUAAAAGAAGAAAGGUCCAAAGAGGGAGAACCACAGAUUAUAAGGACAACAAAUAUUAAAGAACGCUUUGAAAACAACUAUUAUUUUCAAGACUUUAACGGAUUUUAUAAACUAUAUCAUGAUAUUUAUUUGAUUUGCACCAUCCUAAUAAACACUUAUAAAAGGGGAACUCAUAUUUAUUGUUUGGUUGAUAAAUUUUAUAAAUUCACCACAGAAUUACUAUUGAGAGAGUGCUAUAAAAUUGGUAUUAAUUUUACCGAUUAUACUGAAAACAAGAAUAGAAAUGAUAAUGAAAAGACUAGUAAUAAUGUCGAUGAAUACACGAAAACAGAUUUUUUGGACGAGUAUAUUUCAAAAGAUUUCAUUAAAAUCUCUACACACUAUACAGUUCCAGUUAAAGAAGUUUACCAUCUUUCAACGAAAGGCCUUGAACUUUUUUCUUCAGAAAUAACUAAGUCUUCACUAGAUAAGCGUGGUGACUAUUUGCCUAAUCCGAAUUUUGAUGUGGUCAGAAUAUCACCACUUCAGCCACAAAUAUUGAGAUCUGCUGCUAAAUUAGGAGUUAUAGCUGCAAAUACUAGCAUGGUUCCCGAACCAACUUUACCACCAACAGAAAUGCUCGGCAAAUUUGUCCAUCCCAACUGGUUUAACCUACCUUGUUGUAUGUGGUUAGAAUAUUCAGAUAAUGAAUUUAAAAGUUUAGCACCCACUAUAAUGGAAAUGGGAAGUAUUUUAGAUGCCAAUAAGAGAGGUGUUAUUUGGUUUCAAAAAAAUGGAUAUUUUAAAAAAUGGAAAGAAAGAGAAGAAGCUAUUAACAAUAAUGCAGAAAAUGCUGAAGAUAAUCUCAAUCACAAUAAUAAUAAUAAUAAUAAUAAUAAUAAUAAUAAUAAUAAUAACACAAAUACUGCUGAGGAUAAUAACAAUACUGAAUCGGAAAAUACAGAUAAUGAAGAAGAGAAUCAACAAAUUGAUGACAAUAAAAAUAAUGAUGAUAAAAAGGAAAUUGCUUAUAAUUAUGAUGAUAUUAAAGUGAAUGAUAUAAAAUUAGCUAAUUUGGUAAGUUGGUCGCCAAUGCAUUACAUUACCGAGGGCGAGCUAGUUGCAAUGCAAAAUGGCAUUUCCAAUGUUCAAAAGUUAAUCACCAACACUUUAUUCGAACUAAAAAAUUUGCAAGACAAGCGUAAUAAGCUAGGGCUACAAACCCCGACAACUAAAGAGCAAAAAUUGUAUUAUAAAUUGAAGAGGUUAUUUAAAUUUGUUUUAUUAAAUUUUAAUCGAGAAACCUUGGAUAUGCCGUUGCUUAAAGAGUUUCCAAUAUUGCAGGCUAAUUACGCAGGAAACAUACCUGUAGUUAGGCAACAAGGGACCCACAAAAGAUUAAAAAAACAUAGAAAAUGA